AUGGAGCUGCGGAUUAUUGGUGGCAUUUUUGGAUUACUGAUUAUCGUGCCACAUAUUGCUGGCGACGAUUUAGGUCUGCUUUCCAGCACGCUGCGUGCAUUUCGGAGAACUGGUUGCGAGGACGAGCUCAUGAACUUAUCCUGUCCUAUUGGCACCAGCAUAAGCGUUGAGGUGGUGCAAUACGGAAGAACAGAAGAAAAUUCUUCGCUGCAAUGCUCCUUCACCGAGAGCAGUCGUGAUAGUAACUACUAUCUGGAAUCAACCACGUUGGCGGCGGACAGCAUUUUCCUCCUGGGCAACGUGACAUAUUCGCUAAUGGAUACCGGUCUCAACGAAAGUGCUAUCGUGCAGGAAAAGGGAAAAAUGAAAUGCACACAGCACUAUGUGCUCCAGUACUCCAUCCUUCAAAUCGUGGUCGAGGCUUGUCAGAAGAAGCGAAAAUGUACAUUCCGCACGACACCGAAAACCUUCGACAGCGCCCCGUGCCCCGGUAUCCACAAACUGGUGGAAGUUAGCCACAUAUGUAGACCCUUCGAAUUCCGCAGUCUGAUUGCUUGUGAGAAGGAUGUGAUUCGCUUGGCCUGCGGUCGUUACACAAGAGUUGCCAUUUACAGCGCAAGCUACGGACGGACGGCCUAUGAGAGUUCCCACUGUACCCAGACGGUGGGCUCCAAGGAGGAAACUUGCCUCUCAAUCCAUGCCAGCCACACAUUGACGGAGAUUUGCCAAGGGCGGCGUAAAUGUACGGUAGCGGUGGAGGGUUCCACCUUCGGUCAGCCGUGCCCCGUCAAUGUCCGGGUUUCGCUGAAAGUUGUUUACGCAUGUGUCUCACGAAAUGUGUUCCGAGAUCGCUAUAUUACCCCAUUGGAGGAUGAUGAAUUGGACCAGCAAUUCGAGCUCAACGAGCUGUACGAUGAUGAAUUUACUCCCGCCCCCAACCAAGUGGAGGAUACUUCCAGUAACAGCAUUAACGGUCAGAUGAGCCAUAAAUUUUCCGAUGAGCUUGAGGCAACAGUGAAAGCUGAGAACAUUCUCACGCAAAGCAAGAAUGCUAAAACGAAUAGUACGAUUGAUAGUCGCCUGCUGGUUACCGUCGUUGCUGUGGUGUUCCUCGGAUGUUGUCUAUCCUUUGGCGCUCUGGUGGCUUACAGGAUGAGAUUUCUGUCGUCCACGGACCACGUCUGUAUCAAACAUUCAGAAUCGAGCGACCCGCAGCAAUCCAACAGCACUAGCAAUGCACCGAACGAGGAUUUCGAUCUGGUCGAAUGCGUUGCGGAAACGAUUCCCGUGGCGGUUAAGAUAAAGCAACCGAACCUGGAGCAUCCAUCAACAUCUGCCUCACUCCUGCCAACAUUCAAAGUUUUUAAUCAUCCCGACGCCGUACCGCAGAUUUCGACCACCAUGUUCAUCCUGCCGAAUUAUAUAGUCAGCGAGGGCAACGGUUUAUUGGCUAGUAAAACGAUCUCGUCAACAGGUCAGUCCGGUUCGAAGAAUCCACUCCUAACCACGAUGGACGUAGCUUCCUCUGCUGUCGGAGCCACUGCCGUUGAUCCGUUUCCGUGUAGUACCUCAUGUGCUCAAUGUAACCUUCUGAGCUGGCCGGCAGCCAACCUGAUGGUGGAGCAAAAGACCAGCUUUCACCACAAUCAAUCAUUCAAGACGCCAGUCAGCGAGCGUCAACUUUGCCAGCAUGCGAAUUCUUUUUUAUGGCUGGGCUUGAAACUCGGGGUGAUGUAA